AUGGCAGCCGCUGCCCCAGCAGUGCCUGCCCUAUCCACAGCCAACGCCAUCCCAGAUGGUGAGGAUAGCAAUCUCUCUAGUCCUUUAAGCGAGGUGGAAGAUAAAGACGGGGAGCCAGACGACCCUGAUGCCAUGGCCCUCGAUGACCCCGAACCACACGACGCCGGUUCUGACUCCGAGAGUAAUCUCUCCGAUGCGAACGAUACUGAGGCCGAAACCGAGCGCCUCUACGACACUCCACAAAUCACCCGACAUAAAAAUGUCGUGCUCGGCCAGAUCGACGAGGACGAGGCCACCCAGGAAACACCCACGAAGCAGUCGACAGUCGUUGUCGCAGAUGCUCUCCAAGAAGAGGACGAGUCCCUCUCGGAUGUGGACAUUUCAGCGCCUCCUUCCAGUCUACCUGACGAAACUAGAUCACCUAUAAAAUCUCCACAAUCUCCGUCUACGGAUGAGAAGAAGCUCUCUUCCGAUGCGAAGAAGCGAAAGCGAUCGCCCGUUGCGGACCAGUCUGAUUCAGAAGGUCCCCUUCGGAAGAGGGCUACCUCGGUUGUAGUACCGGAUCGCGAGACAAGCGCGAAAGAUGUACCAAUCGAUUCGAAGACGAUUAAGCCUCGAUCUGUCCGGUCCGGCUCCGGCGCGUCGGCCGAUACCAAGGAUGAAAAGGCUGUCACCCCACUCGGGGGCGCUUCUCCUGCUCCAGAACCAAUGGUAACGAAGAAAGUGACGAGAAACGGUAGCAAACAAGCAAAAGCUGCCAUCACGAACGGUGCCGAAAAUAGAGAUGACGACGUCGCUAGUGUCGAUGAAGCCGAAACCAAAGGAGAGGGUGAUGCAGCUGAUGCUGAUCACGAUGGGGAUGUAGAUGCUGCUGCGAAACACGACGAUGAAGAAGGUAAUGAGCCUCGAAGAAUGCACUUUUCUCAGGACUUGGCCAUGACCCUGGAGCUAACGCGCCGCCACGCAGCAGAGAAGAAACGCAUUGCCAUUGACGAAUGGGGUGCGAUAGAGGAGAAAUUCAGCAUCUUCAGAGAUCGACUGUAUAAAGACCGACUGGAAAAACUCGAGCGUGAAGAACAAGCCCUUACCGCCGAUGUUCCCUAUCACCCCGAAUAUCUCAACAUGAAACAAUGCCUCGACGAACUACAUGAGAAAAAGGUCCAAACAAUAACCAAAGAACACGAAUAUAUUCUUGAAGCUUAUGACCGGGUUGCAGUCGCUCGCCGAGCGAUAAUAUGGGGGCAAUUCUAUCAAGGGAUACGCGAGGCGAGAGAACGAAUGCUCUCGGAGUUAAAUAAGUCGUGGCAUGAGACACAGAAUGCUCGCCGCAGUGCGCAUAGGGCCCCGGACUAUGGUCUAUUGUUCCCAUCCACCCCAGCGCAACGAACUCGGAAUGCCGUGGCCUACAACACCGAGGUAUCUAUUGUUUCGGGCAUAGCCAAGCAUGUUGGGUUUCCUGCCGCCCCGCCCAUGCAAGGAGCUAGCUCGGGAGAGAUUGAAGAGGAUCUUGACGCCAUGCAGCUCGCCGCCAGCGGCAGCAGUCUAUGA